AUGCAGUACCGUUAUGUAUCCGUUCUUGCUGCCGGUGUGUUGGUUGGUGUUACUAGCGCCGCACCUGUGCCUUCUGUUGAGGCGCAAACGUUCGGUAACGAUCCAGCAAACACCAUCGAAUUAGGCAAACCUUCCACAGUCAUAACUUGGGGCAAGCGCGACGACUCGCCCACCAACCCAGACGACGUGCAGCUCGGUCCACCAACAUCAGAGAUCAUCUGGAGCAAAGACAAGAAACGCAGUGUCUCUUUCGGAACACCAAAGGACACUUUCACCAUAGGCAAGCCCACGACGGAGGUUACGUGGGAGAAGAGAGACGAACCAGAUACUAUCGAAAACGGUGCACCGACGACCGUUGUGACGUGGGGUAAAGAGAAGCGCGCCGAGGUUGUGCAACCUGACACUAUCGACUUGGGAAAACCUACUACUGAGGUUACGUGGGGAAAGAGGGAUAUGACUGCUGCUGCCGAUCCCGCCGAUAGCAUUGAGCUUGGAAAACCCAGCACGGUUAUCACUUGGGGCAAGGAGAAGCGCGAUGAUCCUCCCGUGUUGGGCCAGCCGGAUUCAGAGACAACGUGGAGUAAGCGUGAGGCUGAGAAGCCAAGGACGUCUUCAAGUUGGGUAAGGCUACUACGGUUGUAA